AUGUGUACUAUUGCUGUCGCAGGAGGAACCGGUGGCGUGGGCCGAGCUAUCGUUGAGCAAUUGCAGCUUGGUGGGAAGCACAACUUCGUCGUGCUUGGGCGCAAGCCUCCUACGAACCCAGCCCCCAACGCCGCUACGUUUCUUCAAGUUCGUUAUGACGACGUUGACUCCCUCACCAAGCUUCUCGAAGACAACGGCAUCCAGACUGUUAUAUCGGCCUUGAAUUUGGAGAGUGAGCAAGCCAGUAACUCUCAGAUUAAUCUCAUUGCUGCCGCCGACAAGUCGCGAGUCACAAAGCGCUUCAUCCCAAGCGAGUUUUUCAACCCCAUCGACAAGGAAAACAUCCGAGAGGCAUUUGGGGAACAAUUUCGGUUGGCCAGCCAGCUCGCCCUUGAGAAGUCGGGGCUGCAGUACACCCGCAUAUUCGCGGGGGUUUUCAUGGACUACUGGGCCAUGCCCCACGUACACAGCUACCUGGCUCCGUUCAGUCCUGGCAUCGACAUGUCUCUCAAGAAGGCGGUUGUUCCGGGAUCCGGAAACGAUGUUUUCACUGUGACGUACAGCAUCGACCUCGCUCGCUUCAUUGUCAGACUCCUCGACGAAGAGACCUGGCCCAAGACUGCGCCAGUGAGCGGGUCAGAUGUCACUUUCAACGAAGUCAUAGCCCUCGUCGAAAAGACUCUCGGUUCGAAAUUCGAGGUGAUUUAUGACGAUGUGGACAAGCUGAAGAGAGGGGAGGCCACUGUGCUGUCCUCCAUGGAUGCCACAGACGGUUUCCCUGAGCAUAUUUUGAAGCAGAUGACGGCUGAGUUUGGACUGAUGGUUGUCAGUGGCAACUGCGGGCUGUCCCGCGAAGGCCGUCUCAAUGAUCAGUUUCCUGAGAUUCAUGUAUCUACUUUGGAGGAGUUGCUUACCAAGGCAUGGGCUGGAAAGUAA